AUGGCUGAACCGGUGGCUUCAACGGAGGUAGAGAUAACCGGCGGUUGUAAAUCAGUGCAAGAGCUCGCACUGAGUUCUGAAAGUCUUUCAAACAGCUAUAUCCACGACCAAGGCGGUGUUGGAUUUCGUCAUGCUCUUGAUCCUUCCGAAUCAAACAUUCAUAUUCCAGUCGUUGACAUUCUCAACCUCACUUCUCCAUCUUCAUCACAACAAGAGCUUCAAAAACUCCAUUCCGCACUCUCUUCUUGGGGCUUCUUUCAGGUGAUAAACCAUGGUAUGACGACUUUGUUUCUUGAUAAAGUGAGGGAAGUUUCUAAGCAAUUUUUUGAGCUUCCAAAGGAAGAAAAGUUAAAGUGUGCUAGGGAGCCGGAUGGUAUUGAAGGAUAUGGAAAUGAUGUAAUAUUUUCGGAAAAGCAAAGACUUGAUUGGACUGAUAGAGUUUAUCUCAAAGUACAUCCUCAAGAUCAGAGAAAUUUCAAUGUUUGGCCUCAAAAACCUAAUGAUUUUCGGAGUAUUGUGUUACAAUAUACCGAAAACUUAAGGCAGUUAAACGAAGUAAUUUUAAGGGCCAUGGCAAAGUCACUGAACUUGGAAGAAGACUGCUUCCUAAAAGAAUGUGGAGAUAGAGAUUCAAUGUUUAUAAGAUUCAAUUACUACCCUCCAUGUCCUACGCCUGAUCAUGUUCUGGGCCUGAAACCACAUGCGGAUGGAUCAUCUAUAACUUUUGUGCUGCAAGAUAAAGAAGUUGAAGGCCUUCAAGUUCUCAAAGAUAAUCAGUGGUUUAAAGUUCCAAUCAUCCCCGACGCUCUCGUCAUUAACGUUGGUGAUCAAAUAGAGAUAAUGAGCAAUGGAAUUUUCCAGAGUCCAGUACAUAGAGUAGUGACAAAUGCAGAAAAGGAAAGGCUAACAGUGGCAAUGUUCUGCAUUCCAGAUUCAGAAAAAGAGAUUAAACCAGUUGAGAAACUAGUGAAUGAGUCAAGGCCAAUAUUAUACAGACCAGUCAAAGAUUAUGUUGGUAUAUAUUUCCAGUAUUAUCAGCAGGGGAAAAGACCAAUUGAAGCUUCCAAAAUUUAA